AGUGCCAGCUAUACGAGACAAUUCGACAACAUGAAGGCAGUGUUUGCAGCUUUGAGUGUGCUCCUCCUGGCGGCCCUCGCCCUGGCCAGCCCUGAGCCCAAGUCAGAGCCCGGCUACGGCGGCUACGGCGGCUACGGUGGUGGACUUGGCGGCGGAUAUGGCGGUUACGGCGGGUAUGGCGGCUAUGGCGGUGGACGCGGCGGCUUUGGUGGUGGAUAUGGCGGAUAUGGCGGCUAUGGCGGUGGUGGAUAUGGCGGCUAUGGCGGUGGACUUGGCGGUUAUGGUGGUGGAUAUGGCGGCUAUGGCGGUGGACUUGGCGGUUAUGGUGGCGGCUACGGACGCUAAGGAUGAGGCAAGGCGACGCUCCACUUGCUGUGUGGAAUGCAUUCCAGGGAGCGGCGCCCCCCUCGUCUUCCUUCUGCAGGGGCGGCGCCGAAGGGGAAGGGGAGAGAGGUUCUCCAGAGGAAACUCGCACGGUCAUCAAGGAGAAAUAGAGGAGGAAGGGAGAAGGGAACCCCCCCCCCCCAAACACCUGCCCUUCCUCCCCUCGCCCAAAGCUGACAAACAAGACAGUCUCCCCAAAAAUUCAUAUUUGGAACCAUUUUUGUUCCUUCAAUAAAUUAUUUAAAACAA